GGCUCCACCCAGUACUCCGUAUACUCACCCUUUCAUCACUCACACGCUCUCUCUGUGCCCGCCUUUCCCAGCCUCUUCCUUCUCCAGCGUCAAUGAUCCCAAAUCCCAGCCCAUCAAAUAUCAUCACCAAGCUGCGCACUCUUUAUCCUUUGACAUCUUGUCAGGUCUCACAGACGUUCCUUACUCACCACAAUGCGCCAGUUCGUGAUCCGAUCAUAACGCAUCUCUUGCGCUUCCGCUGUCGCUCAACCCGUACCGUUGUUGCGCCUCAACUCUCUACUCCACUACUAUCGAUAGGGAGCGUAGCGCCAAUUGACAGCAAAUCCGCCUUGUUGAUCCCUUCGACAUCCAUCAAUCUCCCCUCACUUCUAAAGUCCUGCGCAGCUGAGGUAAUAGACCAUCCGACUUCGAGUCUAAUCGUACGACAUGGAAACCUCGCAAGUAAACAUGGCUACCGAGGAUACUCAGCUUCCCUCAACUCCUCCACCACAGCGCACACGUUCGGCAGACAGCAUGAACAAGUCAGCCUACGCUUCUCCUCCACCAAUGUCCGCCAGCAUGACCCCUCCUCCAUCGACACAACCGCCUCGCUUUCAUUCGCCAGUCAACCGCAUUGGUCUAGGUCCUAGUGAAGUAUUUUUGGCAUCACCUCCGUACACCGGCAGGCUCAAUGUCUUGCGCGCAUUACCUACACCAGAUGCGAUCGCCAAAGCAGACAUCGAAGAGAUGCGCAACAUCGCUAGGGAGUUGGUCGCUGCUGUACAAGAAGCUAGGACCUCUGCCGCUCACUUCAAGCUACAACACAGUCUACUGGCCAUGGAGUCGGAAGAGGCUGCACAAAGAGCCGAAGUUGAAUCCCAAAUGACCCGCCGAGAGAUUGAGGUCCUACAAACCGUCGAACACAGAAACCGCGCUUCAUUUUCGACGAGAAAUUCGCAACCACCUUCUCAACCACAGAUUGAGGCAUUGACCCGGGCUUGUAGGGUAUUGGAGGAUGAGCGGGAUGAGGCAGAGCACGAAGUACUGCGAAUCAAAAAGUCACUCGAGAUCGAAAGCGACCGUGUCGAGUUAUUGCUGGAGGAAAACACCCGGCUCAAGAAACGCAUUCGCGACAACAGAGAACACUUCAGUCGAUUGAAGAGUUUGUCGCCUUCUUACAAUACGCCUCGGGAUGCCUUCACCACUCCACAGCGGAAAGCUGUCCCACGUUUUGCAGAGUCGGCCCCAAACCAGAACAACAUCGCAGCGCUGCUUGCAGCAGAUCAAAUCAUUAGCCGGGAGAGCCUCAGCGUGCCAUCAACCCCAACAAAGACGCAUACUUCAAAGCUGAAGCAUGGACACACUCGUGGUGCUCAUUCUCUAUCAUCCAUACACACUACCCCAGUCCACCAGCGUCCGAAUACACAAGAUGGCUAUCCAGAAGGUAUGGUCCCCUUCUCGGCUCCUGCCUCUCAAUUGGUCAUUGAGUCGGCGGAAAGAGAACGUCAUCACCGAGAUAGCACCAUCUCCAUAUCCGAUGCUGAAGAAGGCAGCGAUGACAACAUCCCACAGUCGCAAGCGAGUUCCUUGGCCAGUGACAUGUUGCGUCGCAACCCCGGACCCCAGGAGAGUUUGAGGUUAUCUCAAAAUGCGGAACGAACAAGCAAUCUGCUUCAGUCUAAGCUGUUUGGUCCAGUGAAGAAGUCCGCUCAUAGCAAGAAGCGAGGAGCAAGUUUUGGAGAGUCUGAUAUCCAGACAAAGAAGGCAAAAUCGUCCAAGGGUGUUGGACUUGGUAUUGAAACUUGGAGUCAGUGAACCAGAGCAUGUCAUUUUUGGAGGAGUUUGGAUGGAACGAAAUGCCAGUUGUAAUGAUACCCACUCAAUGCACCUCAGUCGAUCGUCAUGAGGGAAACGAUAUGUCUCGAGUACAAUAACUCAUGCUCAGUCUUAUGGAAUGAAAUCAUUCUCACCUUCGAAUAAUGACCCAGAUUUGAGGGUCAAUUCCGUCGUAGUGAUAAUCCAUUGCCGAUCGCUCAGAGCUCUACAUUGCAUCGAAGUCGGACGGCUAAAGUGACGGCGGUACUCGAAAACCUGAUUGUGGCCACCCUACAGCGUGGACAAGACGCAAUUGGCGAGGCUGGCUUGAUGAGGCUGGGUUCAGGGCCAAUGCUCAGCCUUGCCGCAGCACAAUUCGAAGUCGGCUCCACGUGACCUUCGAGAGUGGCGCCAAGAUUUUUGCCAAGCUUUCACACAAUCUGCCGAAAGAGAACGUCGAGAAAGCCCU